UCGAGGUCUUUUCUCGCGAGGUUUCCACCGCACUGGCGCUGACGGUAGUGGCCCGAGUCGCGUGGGUGUCGAGGUCUGUGGCCGCUUUUCUUUAAAUCCGGUUUGGGCCUAGAGGCGUUUGAAGCACAAAGACUUUUUACCGCGAUAUUUCUCUCCCCUCAUCCUCUGUCAGCAAGAUAGGAACGAUGGAGUAUAGGACGGAAUCCGUGGAACGCACCCCAGCGCACAUCUUGUGCUGCGAAUGUGGUGUCCCAAUUAGUCCAAAUCCUGCCAAUAUUUGUGUGGCCUGUUUGCGAAGUAAAGUAGACAUCAGCCAAGGCAUUCCAAAACAAGUCUCUAUUUCUUUCUGCAAACAAUGCCAAAGAUAUUUCCAGCCACCUGGAACUUGGAUACAAUGUGCAUUAGAAUCCAGGGAACUUCUUGCUUUGUGUUUGAAAAAAAUAAAAGCCCCUCUGAGUAAGGUACGGCUUGUAGAUGCAGGCUUUGUUUGGACUGAGCCCCAUUCUAAGAGACUUAAAAUUAAAUUGACUAUUCAGAAAGAGGUGAUGAAUGGUGCUAUCCUUCAGCAAGUAUUUGUGGUGGAUUAUGUUGUUCAGCCCCAGAUGUGUGGAGAUUGUCAUAGAGUGGAAGCUAAGGAUUUCUGGAAGGCUGUGGUUCAAGUGAGGCAAAAGACUUUGCAUAAAAAAACUUUCUACUAUCUGGAACAGUUAAUUUUGAAAUAUGGAAUGCAUCAGAAUACACUCCGUAUCAGAGAGAUUCAUGAUGGUCUGGAUUUCUAUUAUUCUUCAAAACAGCAUGCUCAGAAGAUGGUAGAAUUUCUUCAUUGUACAGUUCCUUGUAGAUGCAAAGCAUCACAGAGACUGAUCUCUCAGGAUAUCCAUAGUAACACAUACCAUUACAAAAGCACUUUUUCUGUGGAAAUCGUUCCAAUAUGCAAGGAUAAUAUUGUUUGUCUGUCUCCAAAACUUGCACAAAGCUUGGGAAAUAUGAACCAGAUUUGUGUGUGUGUUCAUGUAACCAGUGCGAUCCAUCUCAUAGAUCCAAAUACCCUACAAGUUGCAGAUAUUGAUGGGAGUACUUUCUGGAGUCACCCUUUCAAUAGUUUAUGCCACCCCAAACAACUUGAAGAGUUUAUUGUGAUGGAAUGCAGUAUUGUCCAAGAUCUAAAACGUAGUGCAGGUGCUGGAAUGAUAUCAAAAAAGCAUAACCUCGGGGAAGUCUGGGUGCAGAAAACAUCUGAAAUGAAUACAGAUAAACAGUAUUUUUGUCGCACUCAUUUGGGACAUCUUCUAAAUCCUGGAGACCUGGUAUUGGGGUUUGAUUUGGCCAACUGUAACUUAAAUGAUGAGUAUGUCAACAAAAUGAACUCAGAUAGAGUCCCAGAUGUGGUAUUAGUCAAGAAGAGUUAUGACCGUACCAAACGUCAGCGUCGUAGAAAUUGGAAACUGAAAGAACUUGCAAGAGAUAAAGAAAACAUGAAUGAAGAUGAUGAAAGGCAAUACCAAGAUUUCCUUGAAGAUCUUGAAGAAGACGAGGCAAUCAGGAAAAAUGUCAACAUUUACAGAGAUUCAACUAUUCCUGUGGAAAGUGACACAGAUGAUGAAAGAACACCUCAAAUUAGUCUGGCUGAGAUGCUUGAAGACCUGCACAUUUCCCAAGAUGCUACUGGUGAAGAAGGUGCAUCAAUGAUGACACAGUGAGAUUGCAUUUUAGAUAGCUUUCCACUUCUUUAGGCACAGGUGUUGGACAAAAAGUACCCUUCGCUGUCUAGCCCAUCUGUGCUUCCAUUUUGAGAGUGGAAAAAUUUAGUUUCGACUGAGUUUGCUCACUCAAAGUCCUGAAAUAGAUUGAUGAAUUUGAAAUUUUAGAUAGCAGAAGAUAACAAAGAAUGUAAUUAUUACUGAUAGUGUAGGGCUUUUUAUGUGUGGAAUUUUUUUGUUUCACUUUUUUAUGAGAUGCCAGUAUUUUCACACAAUCAGCACUAGAUUUAAAAGCUUUAAAUGUAUGAUUUCCUGGGAUGUUAACUAAAUUUUCUGACAUAAAACAUGCUUUUACUUUCUUUUUAUAUUGAUUUCCUAGUAAAAGAGCAUGUGACAAAUCAUUGUUAAUGUAAACUUGGUUAUAUAUAUAUACUGAUCCAUUUAGAUCACUUUUUAUGUCCUUAGGGUUGGGAAGGUGGGUUUCAUUCAUUGUAUUCGUAGACAUUCUGAAGGACAGUCAUUCGUUUUUGUCCGUAACAUUAACAAAUUAAGAAGGAAGGACUUUUAUCAGUUUCUAUCAUUGAAAAUCUCAUCAAAAAGAAUGUUAAAUUCUGGGCCUCCCCGGUGGCACAGCGGUUAAGGGCUGGGUUGCGAAGAUGCCCACAGCCUCUGCAGCGCCAGUUCGAUGCCUGGCUGCUCCCCGGCCACUGGAGGAGGGUCCCGCAUGGCACGCAGACCUCUCCUGCUGCCUGCUGCUCCCCUCAGCAAUGUACUUUGGUCCUUCUGCUUGCUCUGCUCCGCUCUGGCUCUGGUGGAUUCUCUCACCCUCCCGCGCUUCUGACUGUACCCAGUGCUUGUAUAAAUAAAUACAUACAUGCUUACAUACAUACAUACAUACAUACAUGCAUACAUCUUUAAAAAAAUGUUAAAUUCAGCAUAUAUAUCAAAUAAUAAAAAUGGUCUUCAUGCUUUGUAAAGCCGUGAAACAGCUUUGAAUGUGAAAGAGGAAUGCAUGCCUUCCACAUUCUUGAAAAACAAACAUUGUUUACCUGGUUUUAAAGUGUUCUGAGAAUGAUUCAGGUCCUGUUUCUGUAAGAAAGAUCAAACUUAACUAAGUAUGCCAGAACUAUGAGUUAAUUCAUAAAUUUUAAGUAUAUCAGUAGAUAGAGAAAUUGAGCAAAUGGUGAAUGGAACAUUUUCACUUUUUAAAGAUUGGACUCACUAGUUCUGAAGUUAUGAAUAAAGACCUGAACUUUCUAUAUUGCCUCCUUUAUGUCUGCAUACUUGGUUAGGGUUUUCAUUGAUGAUUGUAUUUAACUUUUAUGGCAAGACUUUAAACAACAUGAAAAUAAAAGCAUUCUUUUCCUUUUAUGUGUUCUUGAAGUGAUUGCGUCAGUAUCAUUUGAGUGAUGGUAUAUUGUGUGCAGUUUUCCAAAGUGUAAUUAUGUUAUUUAAGUACUUGAUUUUCCUACUGAAAAAUAGUUUCACACUAGGCUUAGUCUUAUUGUUCUUGACGUUAUAUCUUUGAGUAUUGAAACCUGUUGGUUGACAGAAGACCAGGCAAACAAAUGUAGCUAAGGGAAAAGAUAUUAGCCAAGAGCUUGCAUAGUAUACAGCCAUGAUAAAUCUGAUGUUUUGGAGUGUAGUUUUCAGGCUGUGGUCCAAAAAUGAACAUUGUUGUUACUAUUCUAGAGUUGACAUGGUUUAGAAAGGCUGGUAUUAAUUAGAUUAAUAAGAAUUUGUAACAUAAGUAACAGUAUGAUCAAUUUUCUUUUGUAGCCAGAUUUGUACUUGAAGCUGUUGCUUAAUAGCAAAAGUUACUUGACAAACAAUUGAGGGAGAGUUGCUUAUGUACUUCAGAUGUUUUCAUUAUCAGGCCAGUUACUUGCCGCAGUAUAUGCUACAACAUGCCUCUCUGGCCAGUGCUGAGUCAGUGCCAAAGUAUUCCCUAGACUCUUAAUUUUAGUUAGUGUGCUUAUGUUGAUUCCACCCGUUAGAUUAUUUCACCUGUUACUUAGUUUUUGUAAUUUAUUUUACAUUUUUAAAGGACAGGUUUACUAGGAAAAGAAAAGGAGACAUCUGCAUAGUCACAGGUAGGCAGGAGAGCUACCUAAUCGCUUAUGUUUAGACCAGGGAAUAUUUAAUUUUCUUAGUAAUUUAUUUUUAGUUUUGACACUUUCAAGGUAAAAGUUGUAUGAAUAGUACAAAAAAAUCCUUCACUCAGAUUUGCCAAAUGUAAGCUUUUUACCUCAUUUGCUUUCUUUUUCCAAUUAUUUAUUCCUGAACUAUUUGUUAUGCCCUACUAUACUCUUAGUGUUCCCCCUCCAAAAAAAAAAAAAAAAAUCAGUGUAAUGAUCAAAAUUAGAAAAUUAACUUUGAUACAAACUGUUACUUAAUUCAUGGACCAUGUUGAGAUUUUGUCAGUUAUCCCAAUAAAGUUUUUUAUAGGAAAAAAAUUCUAAGAUUAUGUGUUACAUUGAAUUCUCAUAUCUCUUUACACUUACUUCAUCUUACUCUUAGUUGGCCCAGUUGUGAAUUUUUGUUGUAUGCAACUGACAUUUUUUAAGAGUCCAAGCCAGUAAUUUUGUAGAAUAAUUUCCAUUUGGACUUUCCUGAUGUUUUGUCAUGGUUAGAUUUGAGUUAUGCUCUUUCUGUAGUACUGCCCCAGAAAUAAUGCCAGAUUCAAUGUAUUGCAUCAGGAGACAUGUGGAUUUGUCCAGAUGUUCUCAAACUUUCUUGGGUUGCUAGUUGGUUUUCUGAUUUAGGGAAGUACUUUCUCUUUUUCCUCAUGUAUUUAUGUAUCCUGUUGGUUUUUUCAUGUUAGUGUGGACACAUAGAUUUUAAUUCAGUAAGAUUUAAUCAUU